UCUCCCACUGCCCUUUGAAAAUGUAUGGCUUGUACCUGGAAGCAGUGAAUGAUUACAUCAAUGAAUCUUACGGGGAAGAUGUGUGGAGGCUUAUUGAAGCCCGUGCAGAAAUUCCACAUCUUAAGUUUGUGCGCCAUCAAAUGUACAAUGAUAAUCUCAUUCUGCGACUGGCAAAAGCCGCUGGGGAAGUCUUGGGGAAGACGCAUGAUGAGUUGAUGUAUGCCUUUGGGGUAUACAUGGUGAAGAGAAUAGGAAACUAUGGAUAUGAGCGAAUACUCAAGGUUUUGGGCCGCAAUGUUCGUGACUUCAUUAAUGAGCUGGAUAACCUGCAUGAGUAUUUCCGGUUCUCCUUCCCCAAAGUACAGCCACCAAGUUUCUGUGUAGAAGAAGAAUGUGAAACAAGCCUAACGCUCCAUUACCGCAGCACGCGCAAAGGCUUCACACAGUUUGUGAAGGGGCAACUAUCACAGGUGGGUCGGCAGUUCUACAACACUGACAUUGAAGUUGAAAUCUUGUCAAAGGAAGAGACUGAAAAGAUGACUUAUGUGGUCUACAAGAUGAACUUUGACAAUGCUGCCUUCAAACAUCGCAUGCCUCAACAGAAGACUGCUCCUGGGUAUGAGAAGCUUCCAAUGAAGCGAGGGAUCUUCUUUGACAUGUUCCCCUUCAGUGUCAUUUUCCGACGAGACAUGACAAUGUACCGCAUAGGAGAUGGCCUCAAAGAGGUCUUCUCUGACUUACAGGGCAAGAAGUUCAACGAAGAAUUCACUCUUGUACGGCCCAUGCUGGAAUUCAGUUGGGAUAAUAUCUACACACAUCUGAACAAUGUAUUUGAGUUACUCUCUAAGGCAGUUGUGGAGAGCAAGCAGAAAAUGAACCUGCCAAAACUGAGCAAGAAGGAGGGAGAAGAGGCAGAAGAGAAGGAGGAGAGUGAGAAGCCCAAGAAAGAGGAGAGGGAGCUUAAAGCCCUGGAAGAGAUGAAGGGUGCUGACAAGGAAUACAGCAAUGCUCUCACUCCUUAUAACAGCACUGCAAACACCGGGGCUGAAGAUAUUGAACUGCUAGCCUUCCAGACUGUUACAGGAAAAUGCAGUGAAACCAUAUUUGAAGACAUGAGGGAGCCUCCAAAAAAGCCAUUGCACCUGAAAGGCCAGAUGAAGUACGUCCCACAGUGGGACUCUCUCAUUUUCCUGGGGACACCCAUUAUAGAAACGGUGGAAGAUAUGAUUAAGAUGGGAGUCUAUGUAAAUGACCUGAAUCUUCAUGACUCAAGCAGGGAGCUAAUCCUUGCUGGAACCCAGCAGUCCGCUGAACUUCAGCUCGCCUUGGAUCAGGAGCAACAGAAAUAUGCACAGCUACAAGAGAUUAUUAAAAAGCUAGAUGAGGAAAAGAAAAGGGGAGACUCUCUGCUGUAUGCCAUGAUCCCAAAGGCUGUCGCUGAUCGACUGAGAAAAGGCAUUACUGCCCUGGAGACCUGUCAGGUAUUUCCAGAUGUGACCAUACUGUUUAGUGAUGUGGUCAAAUUCAAUGAGAUCUGCAUCCAUAUUACUCCCAUGCAAGUGGUGGACAUGUUGAAUGAAAUUUACAUUGUGUUUGAUACGCUAAGUGAGAAGCACAAUGUUUACAAGGUGGAAACAAUCAGAGAUGCCUACAUGGUGGUAGCAGGAGUUCCCAACAAAACUACUUUUCAUGCCCACCACAUCUGUGACAUGGCAUUAGAUAUGCUGAGUUCUAUUGAUCAUCUUAAAGAUCCAUCCACUGGGGAUAACAUCCAAAUACGAGUUGGAAUUCAUUCAGGCAUGGUUGUUGCUGGUGUUGUUGGUCUGAAGAUGCCCCGGUAUUGUUUGUUUGGAGACACUGUCAAUACAGCUUCUCGUAUGGAAAGCAAUGGAGUGGGAAUGCAGAUCCACAUCAGCCAGACUACUAAGGACCACUUGGAGCAUGAACCAUAUAUCAUCGAGGAGAGAGGCAAAAUCUUUGUUAAGGGCAAAGGUUAUAUGAAGACAUAUUGGCUAAAGGGAAAGAAAGAUCUGUCAUUUAAAACUCCCGCAGAGCUGAGGUACAGCAGUGAACAAAAAGAAUCAGAUAACAUAAGUACAAAAAGCUCAAAUUCAAGUACAGCUAAACGCUCCACUUCAAAUCUCAACAAUCCGGUGGAUGAGGCUGGAGAGGGAAAACCUUCUGAUGAGCUGCAAUCUGACUCUCCUCCUGUGCUGGAAGCUGCUAAUAAUAAUCAGCCACUUCCGACAGAGCAUCGUGACAAGGAAAGAGGGAAGAAAACUAAGAACAGCAAGGGUAAUCGAAAAGAGGUGGGCACAUGUCACAGCAACUCACAAGACAUUGGAUCACUGCUGGCAGGAGCUUCUGACAACACUGAUGUACCUCUCUGCAUAGGCAAGACAUCUCAACGCCAUAGCCACCAGCGCUAUCUUGGGGGAUUGCCUCUCCGCAGCGCCACCUGUAGGCUGCUGUAAGAAAUCAUUCCCAGGACUCUAUAAAGAGGGAUGCUUCAGCAUUCAUUGACUAAGAAAUGCAGACACUUAAGUAGUUAUAUGACUGUGAUGUUUUAACCAAUCAUCAGGUGACCUUUCUUACAUACCUCUGAGAUGUGGUAGCAACUAAAGCAUGGAAGAUAAUUGGAAACUUAAAUGAAAAGCAUUAGGUUGUAAGUACAUUGUUUACUUUAGGCCUAAUGUUUCUUGAAAUGUAAUGAUUGUUUUCCAAAAUCUAGGUGUAUUACUUAUUUUAAAUAAUAAAACAAAUAAUUUUGCAAAAUGUUGGGUGAAUUAUUUGACUUGAUAUUUCAUUUGUAACAGUAACCCAACAUUAUUUUGUCAAUGG